AUGCAAGAGGAAGAGCGCUCUUCGGGAUCUGGAGUACCGGGGCAAAGUCUUCCCUUGAUCUCAACACAGGCCUCGUUGUCCAAGAUAGAGAAGACGGAGAUCAGCAACAUGGCGGCCGCUGGUGUAUUCGACUACGAUCAGGAGCAAGAUGAUGAAGAUGAGGUCUCCAGUCUCGACAGCGGCUCGAGUGAACGGCUUCGGCGGGAACGACCAAAAGAGAAGCCGCUAUCGCCAACGAAGGCCCUCAACCGACCAGGGCUCGUCCACGUAACCAAGGAAGGAGCGCUACAUGCCCAGGAUGCUUUCAAGAACAAGCACUCUAAGCAUAUGGAUCAUAUACUGUUGACGGCUGAUCAUCGAGCGAAGGAGACGGACCUGAUAAAAAUGAAAUUCAACCGGAAGGAACGGGAGAAGGCCAAGGAUGAGAUUGGUGACGAAGGAGAGGCCUUUGUCACCGGGGCUUACAUCAAGAAGCAGGAGGAACUGAAAAGGUUUGAGGAGCGCUUGAAAGAGGAGAGCAAAGAACAAGAGGGAGAGAAAAGGAGUAGUCAGAACUUCCUUCGUAAUCUCCUGUCGAGUGGCCGCUUCGCCCGAUCCAAUGCCAAUGAGGCUGAUCGGGAGAGAGCCGACGAGAAGGACCAGGAGAAGGCUGAGGCUUUGGACGACAAGCAGCAGGUUGAUGAAAAGGAGGAAAAGAAGGAAGGGGUACUCAAGGAGGUUGAGGAUAGUGAUGGAGUCAAGUUGGACGCCAUUCCGAAGGUGCUACCACAUCACAUUCCGAAGGAUCGCAGUGGAGCUAUUAUGGGUAGUGAUGAGCAACUGGCCAAACAGGCUCUGCAGGCUAAUAUGAAGGCUCUUGAACAAGUGGAGUCGGCCAUGUCGGCUGAGACCAACCUUGAGGAUCGAGUAAUGAGUGCGAAAGAAAGUCAUAUUGGCUCGAAUAUAGUCAACAUAUCCAGGGCUUGA